GCCCCUCGGAAGAUGGCCGGGCCGGGCGGCGGCGGCGCGGCGGAGCGGGGAGGCGGAGGCCGCGGCGUUGUGAUUUCAGACAAUUGGCCCGGAUACAGUCUGGAUUUGUUCACUUAUCCUCAGCACUACUAUGGAGAUCUGGAAUAUGUGCUCAUUCCUCAUGGCAUUAUUGUUGACAGGACAGAAAGAUUGGCUAAAGAUAUUAUGCAAGACAUUGGAGACAAUGAUAUUGUGGUUCUCUGUGUACUCAAAGGUGGCUACAAGUUCUGUGCUGACCUUGUGGAGCACAUUAAAAAUCUCAGUAGAAAUUCAGAAAGGUUCAUCUCCAUGAAAGUCGAUUUUGUCAGACUGAAAAGUUACCACAAUGAUCAGUCUAUGCAAGACAUGCAGAUAAUAGGAGGAGACGAUCUUUCAAAGCUGACUGGAAAGAAUGUUUUAAUUGUAGAGGAUAUUGUUGGAACUGGAAGGACUAUGAAGGUUCUGCUUAAUAAUAUAGAAAAAUACAAACCAAAAAUGAUUAAAGUUGCGAGUUUGUUGGUGAAAAGAACAUCUCGGCCUGAUGGGUACAGACCAGACUAUUACGGAUUUGAAAUUCCAGAUUUAUUUGUGGUUGGUUAUGCCUUAGACUACAACGAGCACUUCAGAGAUCUGAACCACAUAUGUGUUAUCAACGAUCACGGCAAAGCAAAAUACAGAGUCUGAAGCAGUAACAUCCUCACCUGAAGAUUUGUAAGCUCAGUGGAGCCGAAAUUUGACUGCGCUCUUCAAGCAUCUCCCAGAAGAGCAGUUCAACCGACUUGUGUUUCUGUCAACUCAGUGUAAUAAGGGGUUUACUCUAGAGAUACCGAUUAACAUAUACAGAAGUGGGAGCUUCUAAAAUGUGAAGUAGAGGGCUUUUAAAGUUAUUACACUUUUUAAGUACUAAAAUUGCAGUAUAAGAUGCCUUUUGACUAAUAAUUUGUCUGCCUCAACUCUCAUUGUGAAUGCGUUUUCUUCAUUCAGCCCAUCAUGCUACCCGUUGCAAUUACGGUACUUCACAUUAUGUGUUCUUAUGUGUCACAUAAGAUUUUUCAGAAGUGCCAUUUUGUGUUAGGUUUAUGUGUUAGGCAGAAUUUUAGGAACUUCAGCAUCCCUUUAGUCUUGGUAACAUACUCUGCUGCCAAGCUGAAAACAUGAUUUUUAUUUAAUUGCACAAUUCAAAAGUUUCAGCUGAAGCUGUAUGCUGUAUGACUUCUGGCAGUCCAUUAUUGCCCCUUCCAAACAGAAGUUUCAACUCUCAGAAUGCACUGAACUGGAGUAUUGGUGCACAAUGGACCUUUGCAAGACACAGUUGAUCUGAACUUGGAAGAUACCUUGCUUCUGGUAUGUGAUGUGGGCAUGGAUCUAAUCGGCGGUGUUUAACGUGUUGAAUUUUAAUCAAGAGGAAACAAUGCUAGGAAGGCUUCAAUUUCUGAGCAGUGCCCUUUGACUUCUGCAGGACACGAGCAGGUCCAAAAACUAACGUAGUGUUCUGAGUAUAUUAUUUUAAUUAAACCUCAUUAAGCACAAAGGCUUCAUGUUAAACAAUUACUCAGUUAUUGUUUGAUUUUCAUAGCCUGAGUUGAGACUUUCUGUAGCCAUUUGUCUUCUUUAGGAAUAUAGAACUGACAACACUGAAGACUAUAUAAAAUAAAGGGAAAAAAAAAGUAUAGGAAAAUCCAGAAAACAAGUUAACCUGUGGAUGCUGUAGACUAGAGAUCCCUUCUUUCAUGCUGUAUUAAGUUUGAAGAGUUUAGUUCUGUACCGUAUGCAACUGUCCUCAAUGACUUCCUGAGAGAAGCAAAUGCAAAGUAGCUCUAUACCAAUAGCUUUGCUCUGAACUGUAAGAGGCAUAUUGUUAUUAGCUUCAGUUUCCUUUAAACUAAUAAAAAAACCAUAAGAACA